AUGGGGCGCGCGAGAGGGGGACGCGGGGAGGAGGCGCGAGAACGCGGCGACGUCGCGGCGCGCGCGAGAGCCGAACGACGCGAUCGACGGGACGCGGUCGCGGCGAGCGGGAGCUCGAAGACGACGCGCGAGGAUCGGGACGAGGGCGAGGAGGAUCCGGACGAGGCGUGGGCGUUUGAGUUUCCGAAGUCGGCGAGCGACGUCACGACGCUCUGGCGAGGCGCGCCGAGUCGGUAUCGCGUGCUCUUCGUCACGGUGUUCGCGUUCAUCGUGUGUAACAUGGAUAAGGUGAAUAUUUCGGUGGCGAUCAUUCCCAUGGCGCGGGAGUUCGGGUGGACGAGCACGCAGGCGGGGUUCGUGCAGAGCGCGUUUUUUUACGGUUUCGCGGCGUCGCAGUUACCGGGCGGGUACUUGUCGACGAAAUUCGGUGGUGCCAAGGUGUUGCCGAUCGGGAUGUUGAUUUUGUCGUUGGCGACGAUCGCGAUUCCGAUCGUCGGCGUGAACGAGCAGAGCAUUUUCCUGUCGCGCGUGCUCGUGGGUUUGGGCGAAGGCGUGGCGCCGAGCGCGGCGACGGAUAUCAUCGCGAGAAGCGUCAGCGUGGGCGAGCGUUCGCGCGCCGUCGGGUUCGUGUUCAGUGGGUUCAACAUAGGUUCGGUGCUUGGUUUGGGGGUGGCGCCACUAUUGAUAGAGGCGACGAAUUGGAGGACGGUGUUCGCAUUCUUCGGCUCGUGCGGUUUAGUUUGGAGUUUUUGGGCUUGGAAGCUGUACGGCGACGGCGGGAUGGUUGACGAAAGUUACAAGGACGACGGCGCGAUAGCGAGCGGGAAGAGCCCGGCGGAAGACCCUCCGGUGCCGUGGGGGGAGUUUAUAUCGAAUCCGUCGGUGCGCGCGCUCAUGUACGUGCACUUUUGCAACAACUGGGGCUUCUACGUCCUACUCGCUUGGCUUCCGACGUACUUUACCGACGAGCUCGGGGUGACACUGACGAACGCAUCGCUGUUGACUCUGCUUCCGCCGCUCGCGAACGUCGCGAUGGCGUCCGUCGCCGGUCCGACUGCGGACCGCCUCAUCGGCAGCGGCAUGGAGAUCACGAAGGUGCGUAAAACGAUGCAAGCAGUCGCCUUCAUGGGACCGGCGCUCGCCAUGGGCUCGGCCGCAUUGGUAGAUCAGCCGGUGGCGACCGUGGGUCUGCUCACGCUCGGCCUUUCGCUAGGCGCGUUUUCGUACGCGGGUUUGUACUCAAACCAUCAAGAUUUGUCGCCCAAGUACGCGAGUAUCCUGUUGGGCAUGACAAACACGUGCGGCGCGCUUCCGGGCGUCAUCGGCGUUCCGUUGACUGGGUACUUGAUCAAAGAAACGGAAAAUUGGGAGCUUAGCAUGUUCGUUCCGGCGAUGUUCUUCUACUUUACGGGAACGCUCGUAUUCAGCAAGUACGGCAGCGGCGAUCGACAAGCGUUCACGGGACAACCUAUGCCCGAACCAGGCGAGAUUCCGCCAUCGUGCGAUGGCGGCGGACAUUAA